CACUUCGACAAAAUUCUAAUUAUAUUAUUUCAUGAUUUAAUUUACUUUUAACUGCGAGUCCCCUCAAUAAAUAUCCACUUUGGCCUUCUGAACUCAACAAACAAAAGAUGAUGGAUGAUUCAGACAUCGAAGCAGCAGCAACAUUGCUCGAAAUGCAAGCAGCAGCAACACCACUCAAUAUUGACGGAUUUCAAAUUCUGCUAGAAGCUCGUCAACCAAAUGCAGCCAACGCCCCUCCAAAUAACUUAAGAGCUGCAAGGGCAACCGUCCACGGACCUCCAGGAGUCCCUGAUAACUUGCAAGAAUUAGCAUGGGGUGCAAGAAGACGUCGUUCUGCAAGACCACAGCAUCAAUCAGUGGCAUUGGUUGAGUGGGGUGCAAGAAGAGCACGUUCAGCAAGAGGCAGGUUGCAAGAUUAAUCUAUUUCAAUUAGAGAAAAAUGUUUUUUGGUUAUACCUAUGUUUGUUACUGUGGCAUAACUAAUGUAGAUCUUGCGUUAUGCAAGUUGCUUAUGUAAAAUAAACACAAAUUGGCACA